AUGGACCCCCUCUUCGCCAAAGCCAAGGUGGACGGAGGGAGCCCUGUGGCCCUUGGCUGGAGGCUGGGGCUGGUGGAGGUGGUGCUGGGUUUCACCCGGGGCCGCCCAACCGCCCCAACCGAAGCUCAAGAGGGCCCCCUUGUGGAAACUCCCAAGAACAGCCCCAUACGUGAAUUGGGUCCAGGGACCCAGCGUGUGCAGGAGAAGCUGAUUUCAGGAGCACAAGAAGGGGUGGGGACGGACAACACCCGGGCCUGGCACAGCGGAGGCACCGCGAAGGGAGUGGCCGUGAGGGGUGCAGUGCCCGUCCACGACCGCCCGGCGGCGCUGGGCCACAGCGGGCAAGUGUGCAGGAGGGAGAUGAGUCCAAAGGCUGAUUCAAGGCGCCCCGAUCUGGGGACCCCCUCACUGUCUCGGGAGCCAAGGAGUGGGGGAGCCCGCACUGCAGAGGCGGCCGGGAUGGCGGGGGGUGGCCGCCUGCGCUGGGAACCACGCUGCCAGCAGCCCCUGCCCAACAGAGCACCCGUCACCGCGCUGCUGCCCCCGCGCCUGGAUGGGCCCUGGAUCUCCACUGGCUGCGAGGUGCGCCCGGGACCCGAGUUCCUCACCCGCUCCUACACCUUCUACCCCAACCGCCUCUUCCGCGCCUACCAGUUCUACUACAGGGACCCCUCGUGCCGGGAGCCGGCCCACUCGCUGCUCAUCAAGGGCAAGGUGCGCCUGCGCCGGGCCUCCUGGGUCACCCGCGGCGCCACCGAGGCCGACUACCACCUGCACAAGGUGGGCAUCGUCUUCCACAGCCGCCGCGCCCUGCUCGACGUGGCGGGCCGCCUGGACCAGAGCCGGGCCGGCCGGGCCUGCGCGCGCCGCCUGCCCCCCGCGCGGGCCUGGCUGCCCGGGGCGCUGUACGAGCUGCUGGGCGCCGGGGCUGAGCGGGACUGCGCGGCCGCCCUGGGCUUCACCAUGCACGAGCUCAGCCUGGUCCGCGUGCAGCGCCGCCUGCAGCCCGAGCCCCGGGCCGCGCCCCGGCUGGUGGAGGAGCUCUACCUGGGCGACAUCCACACCGACCGGGCCGAGCGGCGGCACUACCGGCCCACCGGCUACCAGCGCCCGCUGCAGAGCGCCCUGCACCACGCCCACCCCUGCCCGGCCUGCGGCCUCAUCGCCCAGUCUGACGAGCACCACCCGCCCGUGCUGCCCCCCCAGGCGGCCCUGCCCCUGCGCCUGGGAGGCCGCUGGGUCAGCCCCGGGUGCGAGGUGCGCCCCGCCGUGCUCUUCCUCACCAGGCUCUUCACCUUCCACGGGCACAACCGCUCCUGGGAAGGAUAUUACCACCACUUCUCGGACCCCACCUGCCGGCAGCCCACCUUCACCGUCUACGCGGCUGGCCGCUACACCAAGGGUACGCCGUCUGCCAAGGUUCGUGGCGGCACCGAGCUGGCGUUCCAGGUCACACGGGCCCGCGUCACCCCCAUGGACCGGGUCACCACGGCCGUGCUCAACUUCUCCGAGCCGAGCAGCUGCGGGGGCCCGGGGGCCUGGGCCCUGGGAGCCGAGCGGGACGUCACGGCCACCAACGGGUGCCUGCCGCUGGGCAUCAGGCUCCCCCACGUGGAGUACGAGCUCUUCAGGAUGGAGCAGGACCCCCUCGGGCAAAGCCUGCUCUUCAUCGGACAAAGGCCCACCGACGGCUCGAGUCCCGACACCCCGGAGAAGAGGCCCACAUCCUACCAGGCGCCCCUGGUGCUCUGUGACGGGGGGGCCUGGGGCCUCUCCAGGCCCCCGCAGCUGCUGCAGGUGCCCGUCAGCGUCAGCACUGGGGGGCCGUGUCCCCCCGUGGCCCGUCUCCCUGUCCUGCUGGUUCUCGGGCUGGCCUUCCUCCAGUGGCUAUGA